ACGAUGGUUUGACCAGCCUGUAGUGUUCGUUCAACUCCGAAAAAACCUCGAAAAAACACCAUUUUCAUAAAUUAUUUCGACGGGCGAAUCGAGUAAUAGUCAAGGCAGGUGCAAGAUGCUUUGUUGUUGGAAAACCUUUAGUAUUCUACGAUAACCAUGCCUUAGACGUGCUGAACACUCGAUUGAAUUUGAAGACAAAAAUGGCGUCGGACGAGUUGGAGAACCAGCUUUCGUCCAAGAAUAUUUUCAUUGGAUCAGCGUUGGCUAUCGGUGGAAAUCUUCUUAUCAGCAUCUCUAUGAAUAUUCAGAAAUAUUCACACAUUCAACAAGCAAAAGCAGAAGAUGAAGUACACUACUUGAAAAGUAAAGUCUGGUGCAAAUGCCAUUAUUGCUGUUGUUUUCUUAAAAGAACGGAUACGAUAUCAAGAUGCUUUUGGUGUCCUGUUGGCUGUGGUAGGAGCUUUCUUACUCAUCACCUUCUCUACAAAAGAAUUUUCAGAGCUCACAGGAGCAGAAUUAGCAUUUUACAUGAAGCAAUGGCCAUUUCUUGUGUAUUUGAUUCUUGAGAUAAUCGUCUUCUGUGUUCUAUUAUACGUACAAGUGAAGUAUUCACUGGAAAAUGUGGUGGUAUUUCUCAUGUUAGUUGCACUUCUAGGUUCACUAACAGUCAUUUCUGCUAAAGCUGUAUCCUCAAUGUUAAACAUCACAUUUGGUGGCAACAGUCAACUGGGGCAUCCCUUACUUUACAUCAUGUUAAUUGUGAUGAUAGCUACUGCGGUGGCACAAGUAAAGUUUUUGAACAGAGCUAUGAAGUCGUUUGAUGCUACAGUCGUAGUGCCUACAAACUUUGUUCUUUUCACAAUCAGUGCUAUAAUUAGCGGUAUUGUUUUGUAUCGAGAAUUUUAUGGAUUAACCUUCCUAGAGAUAUUUAUGUUUUUAUUUGGGUGUGUUCUGUCAUUUAUUGGGGUUUACUGCAUCACUUCCAAUCGUAAGAUGGAAAGUUCAGAGGGACAUCUUCUGCUCACGAAUGCCGACCUCUUCCCAGGUUUUCUUUCCCUGUCAUCAUCUAAGCUCAUAGCAGUACAACCUGGAAAUGCAUUUUCAGCUGGCACACAGGAGUACCCCAUGUUGAUGGCCAAAGCAAGCCAAGACAAUGUCUCCGAUCCUGAAGUGCCCGAGUCACCCAAGAAACCUCUCGGGGACCCAACAUCCAUGGAUAGGUAGUAAUGAAACCAUAGUAAUCAAGUCUAUUUCRUUGAAAUAGAGCAGUUUUCRUAUGAAUGUGAUUUUUCUUAGAAUUUUAAUUGGCUGAUUUUUUCCUUGCACAAUGUGAUUGGUCUGGCAGURCCUUUACUUUUGUGUGUCUAUGUCAUCGUCGUGUUCAUGCCACGUUUCAAGCAUUUGAUUGGAUGAGGAGUAAAUUCUCGUGCAAUAUGAUUGGUUUGGAGCAUACCUUGCCGUGUCACAUCCAUGUUCAUGGCGUGAGCUUUUCACAGUCAUACGAAAACUGCCCUAAUAUUCAUUUAAUAUUUAUUUAACUGGUAUCCUAUAGUACCAUAAAAUGUCCAUAUAUUUACCUUUAAUAUUUAUGUAUUACCCUUAAUAUUCCCAACUGUUGGGAAAAUUGAGAGAAUAUAAGUCCAUUUAUUAUAUUUAUCCAAGCUAAAAAUAAAAACUUCAAGUCAAAAAUGAGGGUUAUUGUGAAAAAUAUUAGGGACGCAAAAAGUUGUAUGUA